CCCGAAUAGCAUUGACAGCUCGCUGCUGCAUUUAUAAACGUCAAAAAUUUAUAGGUUAACUAUUCUAAAAAUUAUAUCUAAAAAUUUAAAAACUGCUAGUUUUUCUUAAAUUUUCCCGAAAAUAAUAAACAAAAAUGCAGUUGAUUUUACGUAACUUACCCCGGUUCUUCCACACGUCGAUCACCAAAUUAGCAGUUGAAAAGUCUGCUUUAGCAGCUCUAAGGAAAAAAACCGGAUAUACUUUUGCAAACUGUAAAAAGGCACUUGAAAUGCACAAUAACGAUGUUACAAAGGCAGAGCAAUGGCUCAAGGAACAAGCCCAAGCCCUUGGUUGGUCAAAAGCAACAAAGCUGGAAGGUCGGACAACUGCCCAAGGCCUAAUUGGUGUUGCCAUAGAUAAUAGGGAUGGAGUUUUGGUAGAGGUGAACUGUGAAACAGAUUUUGUCGCUAGGAAUGUAGAGUUUGAGAAGAUGGUUAAGGAAGCAACAGAAGUUUGCUUGAACCACCUGAAGGCAAGCAAAAAUUCUGCAGGUUUGGUUACUAAAGUCGGCUUCGAUACAGAACAAUUAAGAUCUCUAAAAGGAAAUGACGGCAAGUCAUUGGCUGACAAAUUGGCUCUCAUGAUUGGUAACGUUGGUGAGAAUGCCACUUUAAAAAGAGCAGUAGGCAUUAAAGUUAGUGAAGGAAUCCAUUUAGCGGGAUAUGCACACCCUUCAGGAAAAUCUUCAAACAACAUUCUCUUAGGACGAAUCGGCAGUAUUUUGGCCAUAAAAUCUGUAAAUCCAGAAAAAUCAGAAGUAGAAGAACUUGGUAAAGGCUUAUGCCAACAUAUUGUCGGUAUGGCUCCUAAAACUGUGGGAAAAGGCGAUGAGAAGCCCGCAACAAAUAAAGAAGAAGAAAUUAUUCUUCUUCAUCAGGAUUAUUUGUUAGAUGAUAGUAUGACAGUGAAGGAAAUACUGGAAGAAAAUCAGGUGGCAGUUGUGGAUUUUAAAAGAUUUGAGUGUGGAGAAACGACGAAUAAUUCAAAUGAAGAGGAACCGCAACAAGUGAAAGCAGAAGCCUCGCAGUAAAGGUCUGACACAAAACGGGUUAUUGACCAAGCGUGUUUUCUUGGCUACAGAGUGUAACGUUUUAUUUGCAUUUUAUAGGAAACUGUUUUGUAUAUAGAAAAUAUUAAGUGUUGAAAUUAAAUGUUUUAUUAUUUACAUAAUAAUAAA